AACCAUUUUCACUUUCGUCGGUAAACUGAAACAAAAAACAACUAACGCGUUUAAGUCACCAUAAAAAAAAUAAAACAAAAAUAAAACUCUUUAAAAAACUACCAGUUAAAAAAAUAACGAAUCAAAGUCACAAACGUAAUCCGGAAUAUACGAAAAUCACGCAAUUUUUAUAAGUAAAACUGAAAAAUUGAAAACUAUUCGUGUGAAUUUAUAGAAUGAAAAAAUAACAACAAAAACAAAAUAAUAAUUAAUUUUUAAAUUUAAUUGGAUUUGUAACGUUGAUUGGCCAUUUUUAUUUGGUUUGUUUUAUUUUUGUGUGUGUGUGUGUGAUUUUUUUCGAUAUUCGAUAAAAGAUAUUACCGUGGUAACCCAAAUAUACUUUUAAACGAGAUACAAAAGCAGCAGCAGCAGCAGCAGCAACAACAACAAUAUUGUUAUCAGGAGCAGAGGCUGCAACCAGCAAUAACGACAACAAAUUCGGGUCACAAUGCGGCUCUUGCUACUAAUAUUAUUUGUGAGCACAGUUCUUACAGAUGAUAAAGUUGCCAAAGUUGACGAUAAAAAAGUUGACGCUAAAAAGGAUGUAAAAAAAUCAGUUGAGGAGACUAAAAGUAAAACGGGAAAAAGAGAUUCAUCCGAUCAAACAGCUGCCUUUGGAGUUAAUCUUAAUGAUGAACCUUUUAAGCCAAUGCUUAAUAGUCCAGCACCAUUUGAAGCUGCAGCGUCGGCAACACAACAGGUUUAUUAUGAUAAAAACCAAGUGACGCCAGGCGAAGGAGCAGGCAAUGCAAAGAGUAAUACAAAUCCUCAAACCGCGAACGCUUAUCGCGCACAAUACAGUCAAGUGGCACACCAGCAACAACAACAGCAACAAAAUAAGAAUCACAUAAGAGUUGCUGCAAAAAAUGUGGGAAUACAGCAGCAGCAACAACAACAACUACAACAACAUAAUCAACAACAAAAUAUUCUUUAUGCUGUGCCACAAAAUCCUACAUAUCAUUAUGAACGGAAUCCUCAACAACAGCCGCUGCAACAACAACAAAUACAACUUCAAGCACCCGUUUCACUGCCGGCACAACAGCGUGGCCAGCAACAGAAGCAAAUACAAUACGUUCUUGCCAUACCACUGUCAUAUUUGCGUCAAAUGCAACAACAACUUAUACACCAGCAGCAACAGGAACAACCAUCACAUUUACAAGUAUAUAAGGGGCAACAACAACCACAACAGCAGCAAAUACAAACAAUACCAGUUUAUUCUAUUGCCGGACCUUUAGCUAGAGACCAUAAUGGUGCUUAUCGUCCUUUUCAUCGUUUUGCUCCAAUAGCUGUCAAUGAUGUCUCAACUGGUGCUCAACAUCAAACGGCUUCUGCAUUACCUAACACGCAACCCAUAGCACCAGCCUCUCCUGCUCCACCCGGUUAUAUUACUCAAUAUAUACAAAUACCAGCAAGUACUUUACUAGCUGCCGUACAAUCGGCUCAAGUGCAUCAGACUCAACAACAACAACAUCAACGUCCUGUUCAUUUACCACAGAAUGUAUAUCAACAACAACAGCCGCAGCUGCAGUUGCAACCACCAAUACAUCAACAAAAUGUUCAGACUCAAGCACCUCAACUCAUUUUCUACCAACCACAGCAACAACAACAAUUAAAACAGCCUUCACAUGCCUUUACAUCGCCACCUGUUUAUGGAUAUAAUGUCAACCAACUGCAGCAGCCAACUCAACAGCAUCAGACUUUUGAACAGUUGACGGAACAACAACAGCAAAAUGUAGGUAAACAACAAACGCACCGUGUUCGAGGUGUUAGACCAACUGCAAAUUUAAUACCAUCCCAAUAUGACACAAACGCUGCAGCGUAUGAGCACGAAGAGAAAGCUCAACUAGUAGCACUCCAGGCACCAGCACAUCAAAAUUUAAAUACACACUCCCACACUAAUGCACAUAGUCAACAGUAUAUUGCACAAGCUCCCUUAGCACAACAACAGCAACAACAGCAAACUGCACCGGCACAUCAGGUAGUACAAGCACCUGAAGCUUUCGACCAUGUUGUUCACUAUAAUCCUCAAUAUGUACAGCACUAUCAGGAGCAGGCACAACAACAACGACAACCUCAACACCAGCCCCAUAGAUUACAUAUUCAACCACAGCAUGCACCACUUGUAGAACAUUUAAAUAAUUUACCAUAUUCUCAGGGUAUUCAUGGUCCAACACCACUGCCAUUCUUACGCCUACAUCCAGCAGCAGGAGUAACACCAUUCUUUCCACCAGCCAUUGCUCAGCCGUUUGUUUCGAGUGGAUUUCAACCUCCUUUUACUCCGAUAGGAAUGCCAAGUAAAGUGACAUCCUUUACAAAUGUCUUAUUGCAGCCAUUUGUAGGACAUUCCUCUUCGUUUCACACACCGGAAAUUGGUGCAGCUGUUGCAGGCAGUGCUGACUCUUUGCCCUUCAUUCAUCAAAAUGGUGGCAUACGUUACGGUACACAUCUUUACCAUCCACCUACUUCAGCCACCUCUUUGUUAGCCGACAAUAAACAGCACAACUCAGCAGCUACACACCCAGCUCCAAGAGUGUUGUCGACAACAGGAGAAGGAAAAGUUUCUGCAUCCUCAGCAAAAGCCACUGUAGGAGCUGGCAGUCCAACGGUAGUAAAAUAUCCUUAAGGGAAAUCCACCCUCUGAUCUUUGGUGAUUGUUUGCUCUAGCAAGGAAACUUUUUGUUUUUUAAUUGUAUUUUUUUGAUAAUUACUUAUUGCUGAUACUACUACUACUAUUACUACUACCACUACUACUAAAAGUACAACUGAACCACUUCCUAAAAAUACAAACAUACAUAUGCCUUUGAAUUGUAAAGGUUCGUGUGUGAAUGUAUGUAAAAUAUAUUCAUUUGUUGCUCUACUCCAGAGCAUGCUGCUUUAUAACUCCGACACUCUGUUGUAUGGCAUUUGGUAUAUGAAUGAAAUGUUUGCAUGCAAAAGAAUAUUCCCAACUCAGUAGUCAUUGUUUAUUGCCACAAUGGGCUAAAAAAUAUAUAAAAUACAUAAAUAAAUUAUAUUUAAGUUUUAUUGUUAUAAAUAUGUAUUUAACGAACUUUUGUAUAAUGAAAUAAAUCAGUUAUUUAACAAAGCUUUAAAACAUAAA